ACGAUGUUCAUGUAAGAUUUCUAUUAUUGACAUUUUAAUAUUCCGUCGUCACAAUGCCAAGUCCGUACAUUCAAGAAAGUUUCGUCUAGUUAAAGUCAGUGGAUGUAUAUCUACAUCUGAAUCGAGAGGGGGAAAAAAAACGAUACAAUAUUUUAUGACGUGAAACAAAAUAGUUUGUGUUAUAUAUCACAAGAAGAGACUCAGUUCUACAGGAUUCUAGAACUACUGGGACUACGUUGCUUCAACAAAACAAGACACAAUUGAAAUCAUUUAAAUGGGAGUCAAGUGUAAAGGGUGUGGCAGUUGUUUUCUUUUCCUGAUAACCACUUUUGUAGUUUAUAAAUUGUCUCUUCCCAAAUUUCUUGAAAACUUUGACCCGGAAGGAGAUGUUCCUAGUGACUCUAGAAUGCUACCAAAAGCAGAAAGAACUUACAAUGGACAGCACAUCAUUUGUCAUAAGUUUGAAGGCUCCCUUGGCAGCCAACUGUUCCAGUAUGCCUCGUUGCUAGGAAUCGCUGCUCCGCAAAAACGAAUUAUUGUUGCAAGAGGCAAUACGUCACUUGGUCACGUGCUCAAGUCUCCUAAACACAAGAGGGGCAAAAGUCAGUGUAAGAACGUUGAACGUCUGGUGGAAUCAACUUGCUGUCGGCUAGAUGAACGUUUGAUCAACUUAGAAAGCAGCAAAAAUUAUGAGAUUGAGGGGAAACUGCGGAGUUGGAAAUAUUUUAAGGACAGUUUGGAUUUGAUUCGGCAGUCUGUUCAUUUUCAUGAUGGCAUAACUAAACAUGCACAAAAACGUCUCGAGAAGACACUGCAAAUGUAUAACGCCACCAUUACUGAUAAACCCAUUGUAGGAAUUUAUGUUAAAAGGGGAGACACUCUAAAUUGGAGCUCUGUAGACGAGGGAUACAGAGUAGCGCCAAGGGAAUAUUUUCUGAAAGCCAUGAAAUUUUUUCGAGAUCAUCUCAGGACUGUCGUCAGUUUUUUAGUUCUGUCUGAUGACAUAGAAUGGUGUAAAAGUAAUCUCCUAGGGCUGCCUGGCGUCAUGCUUACGUCGGGACACCAAGAGGAGGCGGUCAACUUAGCAACGCUUAGUUUACUCGACCAUACUAUUAUAAGCGUGGGCUCGUUCUCCUGGUGGGCAGCGUUUCUGACCAAAGGCAAAGUUAUUUUCUAUAGCGAAUUCGUGGAGAAAAAUUCAAAGAUAAGAAACCAAUUUGACGCAAGUUUUGAAGAUUAUAUUAUGCCUGGCUGGAUUCCUAUGUAAAUGUCACUACUAUCCUGUAGAAGAAAAAUCUGCAUUAGUAAAAAAAAAAAACUUGUUGUCUCUGCUUUCCCUAAUAAAUUUACUAUGCUAACACUCUUAUUUUAAGUUUAACAUCGUGACCUGGAUUGCGUUUAUUCUACAUUUAAUCUGUUAAAAAAGGCCAAUCUUUGCCUAGUUGUGUGAUGUGCGCUUCGGACUGUCGUGACUAUGAGUCGAAGUUCGUACUUGACCCACUUCCAAGUUUCUGCUUCCUGCAGGAGAUUUUGAUUAGGUAACAAUAAUCUUUUCUUAAAGAUACCCAGUGAUCAUAUAAUCAUCACCAUACGGAUGUAAUAAUUCAGAAAUCAAGUACAGCUUUAGGAAUUAAUUAAACGAAUCUUUUCAAUCAAGCAAAAACAUACAACUAAAAUGCUCUUUCUUCUUAUUAUAACUUCCAACGAGAAACUAAUUACGUCCUACGAGUAUACAUGUCUCAUUUUAGUCAUGCGUGUUAAUCAGUGACUUAACUCUUUCUCUCCUAACUGACGAUACCAGCGUUGAUUCCACCAGAAUGUGGUAAAUAAUUACGGAGAGAAAGAGUUAAACCAAGACCAUUCGUUAUAGGAGGCCUCUACACUGACUUGCGACGGCGCAAUCUGUGGGCAGCGGAGACCAAUAGUUGGUUGGCACGUCGUGCAUACCUGUGACGAUUGGUCUGGCUUCAACUCGGCCAAGUCGUUGGUAUUCAACCUGACUUAUUCAGCCAAUACUUUUCUAUGCUCUAAUAGAACAAGGGAAGAAGGAACUUUUGUUCAAAAUUGUCUUAGUAUAUGGAAUAAGAAAUUUGCAUUUAUUAUUGUGUCUUUCAAUGGGCCUCAUUCACCUAUAGUAAACAAACAACACUUAGCUACCUGGUUCUCUAUCUCUUCUAUACAAAUUACCGUACGAAAUACACACAGGCUGUCACAUGACAGUUUUUUUUCCCAUUGUUUUAUCUGUAGUAUCACGUGGCUAAAUGUUGUUUGUUUACGAUUGUUGAAUGCGGUCCAUUGUGCGUUACAUCAUAAACGUGUAAGAAAGGACAAAUUGUCUAUUUGUGACAUUUGUACUGAAUAUUUUCGACAUUGUCAAUUAUGAGAGAGAAUUUUUGUCCUUUUUUUUUUUUUAAACUUUUUUAGAUUAGUUUUUAAUUUCUAUUGUCGUGUUUGUGUUUGUAAUGUUAUUACAGCGCCUUGAGCCUACAUUUUGUUUGUUAACAGCGCUUUAUAAAUAAAAUUAUUA